CGUGAGGCGUCAUCCUUUUCAUCCUCGCAUUCUUGACUACUUUGGCCUGUGUGGAUUUAGGGGAGUAGUAGAGGUAGGAUGUGUAUCAUAUGAUUGGGCAGUCAUCACUGCACUUAUAGAGAGAUGGCGUCCUGAGAUGCACACCUUUCAUCUGCGUACAGGUGAGGCGACCAUCACAUUAUAAGAUAUUGAGGUCAUGUUUGGCUUGGUUGUUGAUGGUAAUCCCUUGAAUAAUCUUAAUGCUAGAAAUAUAGAUAUUGUUGGGUGGCAACAAUUGAUCCAUGAGCUUACUGGUUGGGCACCUGGUCUGGAUUGUUUUAAUGGUGUUAGUAGGUUAGAAGUACAUAAAUUAAUUGAAUAUAUUAGAGGCUUAGAUGACAUUACAGAUCAGACCCCAGAAAUUGAUGUGCAACAGCGGGUUAGGUUGUACUUGCUAUGGCUUUGUGGCAGCACGAUAUUUCCGGAUAAGUCCGGUGACUUACUUAAUUUAGACUACUUGCUUGACAUGCGUGACCUUAGAGCAAUGAGUAGACAAGCUUGGGGAGCGGCUGCAUUGUCAUAUUUGUAUACUUGUUUAUGCCGCGCUUCGUUGAGGAAAGCCAAGGAUGUGUGUGGAUUCAUUUCCUUAUUGCAGGUUUGGGCUUGGGAGCGCAUUAUACCGAUGCAGCCACCAUGCAGGGCUCUUCCGCCACACACGGCUCUUGCACGAAGGUGGACUCAUCGUAAAUCCCGCGAAAAUGAGGCACGUGAUGUUUUACCCAUAUGUAGGGAUGUAUUGAACAACCUAAUAGAUGGCUAGGUAUUUUAUCAUAAUUAUGGUUGUUAAUGGCGUUUUGAUAUAAUAGUUACGCUUAUGUGUAAUUUAUUUAUUUUAUUAUCAUGUAAUUUUAUGUUCUUUCUAUCGUAGUUUGUGUGGCAGCCUUAUUCAGAGGCCAUCAUUAAUAGACUCCCUGAGUGGUGUCUGCGUGGCCGAGAUAUUUGGAUGGCGCAGGUUCCCCUUAUUUGUGGGACCUAUCGAGAGUGGCACAUAGUAGACCGCGUUCUCAGACAGUUUGGUAGGAAGCAAUAUAUUCCGGGUCCAUGUGCUGAGAUUGAUCCUUUUCAUUACAAACGUGACAAGCGGUAUGCUAUAAAAGUGGAGGAUCAACAAAAUUUUGCAGAAACAGACUUUUUGUGGGAAAAUCGUCGAGAAAGGGUAAUUCUUGCCGAGUAUGAAACUCAAGACCCAGAGUAUUUUUGUUGGUAUCGACGUCACUCGCGCACUUUCAUAGGAAAUCCUGCGCAUAAAGUGGAUAGAGGAUACCAACACAUGGCAGGCAGGCAUGAGGCACUGGUACGUACAUUACAUUCCAUUAGAUGUUUGAUGUCUUUAUAUGUGUCUUAGACCACUAUCAAUUUUUUUUUUUUUUUUAGGCUUUAGGACAUCAAGAAUCGUACAGGUUGGCUCAACAGACUAUCCAAGA